GGUUUAUCAUUUAUGCAAAAGCGAAGCAGCAAGAGCUUCAGCACAGAGAGAGAGAAUGGUGAAGUCCUACCUUCGGUACGAAGCUGCGGCGGCGUUCGGAGUGAUCGCCUCCGUGGAUUCGAACAUCGCCUACGACAGCUCCGGCAAGCACCUCCUCUCCGCCGCCCUCGAGAAGGUCGGCGUCUGGCACGUCCGCCAAGGUGUCUGCACCAAAACCCUAGCCCCUUUCACUCCCUCUCGAGCCCCCCUCGCCGUCACCUCCAUCGCUUCCUCUCCCUCCUCUCUGAUAGCAAGUGGGUAUGCUGAUGGCAGUAUAAGAAUUUGGCAUUUUGAGAAAGGAACGUGCGAAAUCACAUUGAAUGGACAUAAAGGGGCAGUGACUGCCCUUCGAUACAACAAGCUUGGAUCUUUGCUUGCAUCUGGAAGCAAAGACAAUGAUGUCAUUCUGUGGGAUGUGGUUGGUGAGUCUGGGCUUUUUCGCCUUAGAGGGCAUCGUGAUCAGGUAACUGAUGUUGUUUUCUUGGAUUCUGGUAAAAAACUUGUAAGUUCCUCCAAGGAUAAAUUCUUGAGGGUUUGGGAUCUUGAAACCCAGCAUUGUAUGCAAAUCAUUAGUGGCCAUCACAGUGAAAUUUGGUCUGUAGACGCCGAUCCUGAGGAGAGAUAUCUGGUCAGUGGGUCAGCAGACCCGCAGCUUAGGUUUUAUACAGUAAAGCAUGAGCUGGUAGAUGGAAAAUCCGUAUCUAAUAUAAGUGGAACAGAAGCUGCGAACAAUACAGAUACGUCCACUCAAAACAAAUGGGAAGUCCUGACGCAGUUUGGUGAAAUUCAGCGACAGAGCAAGGAUAGAGUUGCCACUGUGAGGUUCAAUACGUCUGGAAAUCUCCUGGCUUGUCAAGUUGCAGGGAAGACAGUAGAGAUACUCCGAGUAUUGGAUGAGGCUGAGUCAAAGCGUAAAGCAAAAAGGAGAGUUAACAGGAAGAAGGAGAAGAAAUCUGCAAAAGGGGCAGUUGAUGUAACAGAAAAUGGAGAUGCACAUCAUGGAGCAGGAGAACAAGGAAACAAUCCUGUUGUUACAGUCCCUGAUGUUUUUAAGCUUCAUCAGAUUAUACGAGCUAGCAAGAAGAUAUGUUCUAUUACUUUUAGUCCUAUCACUCCCAAGAACUCAAUUUCCACUUUAGCAUUGUCUUUGAACAAUAAUUUAUUGGAAUUUUAUUCCAUUGAAAGUAGUUCAACCACAAAAACCACUGCUAUUGAACUCCAGGGACAUCGUUCUGAUGUCAGAAGUGUUACGCUUAGUUCAGAUAAUACUCUUUUAAUGUCAACUAGCCAUAGUGCAGUGAAGAUAUGGAAUCCAAGUACUGGUUCUUGUCUCCGAACUAUUGAUUCAGGGUAUGGGCUGUGUGGUUUAUUUGUUCCUGGUAACAAGUAUGCAGUUGUUGGUACAAAAGCUGGGACUCUAGAAAUUAUUGAUGUUGGUAGUGGUACUUGUGUGGAAGUAGUGGAAGCUCAUGGUGGCUCCGUCCAAUCAAUUGUGGCUGUUCCAGAUGGAAAUGGUUUUGUAACUGGGAGUACUGAUCAUGAUGUCAAGUUCUGGGAGUACCAAACUUCGCAAAAACCUGGUGAAGUUUCUAAGCUUCUAACAGUCUCUCAUGCACGGAAUAUGAAAAUGAAUGACGACGUUCUAGUGGUUGCUGUUAGCCCUGAUUCAAAAUAUAUUGCUGUUGCUCUGUUAGAUUGUACUGUGAAGGUCUUCUUUAUGGAUUCACUCAAAUUUUUUCUUUCAUUAUAUGGUCACAAGCUGCCUGUGCUGUGUAUGGAUAUUUCAUCAGAUGGAGAUUUGAUGGCCACUGGCUCAGCAGACAAAAAUUUGAAGAUUUGGGGUUUGGAUUUUGGAGACUGUCAUAAAUCCAUUUUUGCUCAUGCUGAUAGUGUUAUGGCAGUGGAAUUUGUGCACAACACCCAUUACCUGUUUAGUGUCGGGAAAGAUCGCCUUGUGAAGUACUGGGAUGCUGACAAGUUUGAGUUGCUGUUAACUCUUGAAGGUCAUCAUGCUGAAAUUUGGUGUCUUUCAGUCAGCAGCCGUGGUGAUUUUGUUGUCACAGGAUCUCAUGACCGAUCAAUACGGCGCUGGGAUCGCACUGAAGAACCAUUUUUCAUUGAGGAAGAGAAAGAAAAAAGGUUGGAAGAGAUGUUCGAGUCUGACCUUGACAACACAUUUGAAAACAGGUAUGCACAUAAAGAAGAAAUUCCAGAGGAAGGAGCUGUGGCCUUAGCUGGGAAGAAAACCAAGGAAACCCUAACUGCAACUGACUCAAUUAUUGAAGCUUUAGACAUGGCAGAGGCAGAAUUGAAGCGUAUUACUGAGCAUGAGGAGGAGAAGUCGAGAGGAAAAGUUGCAGGUUUUCAACCAAAUAUUCUUAUGCUUGGGUUCUCUCCAUCUGACUUCAUUCUUCGUGCACUUUCAAAUGUUCAUACGAAUGAUAUGGAGCAAACAUUACUGGCAUUGCCAUUCUCGGAUGCUUUGAAGCUUUUGUCUUACUUGAAGGAUUGGGCCUUCAUCCCAGAUAAGGUGGAACUUGUCUGUAGGGUUACUACAGUGCUACUGCAGUUGCAUCAUAACCAGCUGACUACUACUGUGGCUGCUAGACCUGUUUUGACUGUUCUCAAAGAUGUUCUUCAGGCAAGAGUCAAGGAAUGCAAAGACACUAUUGGUUUCAACCUUGCAGCAAUGGAUCAUAUCAAGCAAUUGAUGGCUUUAAAGUCAGAUGCACUCUUUCAAGAUGCAAAAGUAAAGUUGCUCGAAAUACGGACCCGGCAUUCACGACAUGUCGAAGCAAGGACAGAGACUAAAGAUGGAAGGAGAAAAAAGAAGAAACAAAAGAAGUCUGAUGAUGGGCAUGUUUGGUCUUAACUUAACGUAGUGACAGUUUUAAGAAGUGAAAUGACUCAAUACUCUUGGAAAUGCGUAGUGUAAAACCACCGUUAUCAAGAAGUGACACCACCAAACUUACCCUUCUUUGACGUGAUCACAGAUGAUCUGAAGCUUUGCUAUUAAGCAAGUGUUGAGGAAAGGUUUACAUUUUUUGUGCUUCGAGGGAAAGAAAAAGGUUUUUUUUAUUCUCUACUCAAACAUCAAGUUUUGAUCUCUUCUAUAUUUAUUAAUCAGGUAUAUUUAGCUCUUGAGAAUAGGAUCAAGUUUAUCCUCUUACGAUUUUCUGGCAUGAUUUUAGCUUGUAAUGUAUUUGAUAGCCAAGUUGGAAAAAAUUUACAUAUGCUUAUGAGCACGGUUAAUUUGAUAAUUUAUCUUUGAUGCUGUAGACGCAUGUAUGGAAAUUUUGAAUUAAGUGUCCGUACUUUGAA